AGUGUCUUCCGGUCUGGCCAGUGUCGAAGGCGGUUGCUGGUCGGUGGUUUUAGGUGGGCUGUUGCUGCCGGAUCCCCGCAGUUUGCAUGGUGGGGGAGGCGAAGAGUCGGUGGGCUCAAAGCCAAGAGGGAGGUCAGAGGCUCAGCUAAGCAGGCGGUCGGGUCCUAGGCUUUACUCAAGGAAUCUAUUCCACUGCAGUCUUACAUUGCCUGUUUGAUCAGUGGGCUUCAAGAGAGCCAUGAAUGAGAUGAGAUAGCCGCCCACGAGCGUGCUUAAAUCCAACUCCAGAUGGAUACAAAAUACAAAGACGAAGUAUUUAGAAAAUAUGUCCAGUUCCAUGAGUCUAAAUUGGAUACCUCUGACAGAAAGCCGUGCCCAGUUACCAAUCUACAAAUGGCAGCUUCAGCUUUACUCUGCUUUCCCAAGAUUGAUCCCUUUUAUAGAUUCCGGUUAAUUAAGUUUUAUGAAAUUGCUGAAAAUUCACUUCGAUCCUUGAGAGCUUCAAGUUUGCAUUCACUCCAGAAUGCAUUCGAAGUGCUAGAAUCAGUUGGAAUUAAUCUUUUUCUUUACCCUUGGAAGAAGGAAUUCAAAAAUAUAAAGACUUAUACAGGACCUUUUGUUUAUUAUGUAAAGUCUACAUUAUCUGAUGAGGAUAUAAAACAGAUAUUAAACUUGAUGGGAUACGUUCAAGAACUUGGAACUAUGUAUAAGCUCAAAGACCUGGUUGAUACCUUUCAAGUCAAGAUGGUAUCAUUUGAACUGUUUCUGGCCAAAACAGAAUGUGAACAGUUGAUUGAAAUUCACUUGCAGGUGAAGGAAAAAGGUUAUUCUGAACUUGACAUUGUAAAGGAGAGAAAAAAUAGCAAUGAUGAUGUUCGUGGCUGUUCAGAUGCCUUGAAACGCCGUGCUGAAUGCAAAGAGAAUCUAAACACUUCCAUGUCACGAAUGGUACUUCAGAAAUCUGCCAGUGAAAGAGGCUCUAAAGAUUAUUUCAAACCCAAAGUUAGCAAGCCUUCUAAAUCAGUGGACACAUAUGAUAAUUACUUGGAUAGUAAGAAGCCACCUUUGAUGGCAUCAUUGAGUUUCCGGAAAGAGCCCAUUUUGGUUGAUACUGAAGAUGACAUUAGAGAUGAAAUAAUUCGACCAUCACCAUCCCUCCUAGCCAUGUCAAGUUCUCUACAUGGAUGUACUGAAGAAUAUUUACCAAUUUCAUCCCACACCAAUGGCAUAUUAAGAACAGGUAUGCCGUUUGGUACUUACUAUUCCCCUCAAGAUGAUUUAGAUUUAUAUACUGACCCUGAUUCUAGAAGCAUGUUUAAAAGACAAGAGUCUUCUAAACAUGAUGUAUGGCUGCUCAAAAAUUAUGCCAAUCCAAGUUACCAUAAACGUGCACAUCUAGCCAAAGAGACCUCUUCCCUUAAGUGCCAAAAUUGCGGAUUAUCUUGCAGCACCUCCAUUUGCCAAAAAUGUGACAAUGUGCUCAUCUGCAGACAAGAAUGUCCAGCAAUAAAACAAAGCAACUAUUCACUCAAAUCACUUUCAGGUGAAAGUACGUCUGGAUCUUCUGGAAGGGAGAAGCCACAAUACAUGUUACAGACUCAAGAGCGAGCAUCUCACAGUUCGAAAUCCAAAGCUUUGGGUUCUUCUCGCUGUGGCUUUUGCAACCGUUCAGGAGCUACCAACACAUGCACUUAUUGUUCUAAAGUUUCCUGUGAUGCUUGCCUCAACGCUUACAAUUAUGAUCCCUGUUGUCGAAAAAGUGAGGUUCACAGGUUUUUGCCAAACAAUCAACUAAACUACAAAUCAAAUCCGCUCUCGCACCUGGUUUAUAGAUAAUUUUUUUUUAAAAAAAAUAUUUUUUCAGAAUCCUUUAUUUUGGGGUAAAAGGGCUAAAAACACAAAUAUGCUGAUAAGUAUUUUAGCAAACUUUUAAGAGAAGAGAAACAGAUAUGCCCUAUUAAUAGUAUAUACAGCAUAGGUGCCAAUCCCGAUGAUGUGGUUUUAUACAGGUUUAUAGUGUAGUUGAUGCUGCUACUCUUUUUAGGCAACUUUUAGUUGCUUUUCCAUUUAGAUGAGGAAGAGAAGCACUUCUUUUUGUUGGUUUGUUUUUUCAGAACCAGGCAAUCAAUUUACUUUCUUUUGCUAAAAAAAAAGUCAUAGUUCUUUUAUUGCUGGUUUUGCCUCAUUUAUGUAACAUAGCACCAGAAUAAAAGGGCAACUUAAGAACCAGAAGAACAUUUCAUAUCAUUGUAAAGUUGUUUGUAGUUUAUACAAAAUAUUCACACAUAUGUUUACUCUUACUUCGUCCCCUCCACACUCAUUUUUUUUUUAAAUGAAGUUUACAUACAUUUCCUGGGCUCCAGUCAAAAAUAUACAUUAGAUUUUAAACUGAAUGUUUAUUUUAUUGUCCACAUUGCCAAAACUUCCUCUUGUUUGACUGUUCUAGUAUUCAAAAGAUGUCACUUUGUAUGUGUUACAUUAUGCCUGGAGUGCUCUGUUUUCUAAUAAUCAACGAUGAUUCUUCUGUUGCACAUGUAUCAGAUUCUUAUUUUUACUGUAAAUAAUUUGGAAGUAGUUUAUUUUAAUAAAUAUAUUCAGUAUGUGGUCUUUUGAAAAUGGGUAAGAUCAUGUAAUUGAAGUCUCUGGGUUAUUUUUUCAGAUAACAUUUUACUUUGUACUUUAUUUGACCCGCAGCAAAUUACCAUUAAUAUAGAGACUUGUUUCUGUAAAUCAGUUUUCUUUAUUCCGUCCAACUGGAUGAAAUUCUGCUUCCUGAAUCAGAAACAUUUGGAUACAUAACUUCACCUUUCUUUAAACUCAAUAUUAGAAAGAGUUGAGCACACACACAUUUACUUAUGCUGUCUCUCAUUCACACUUCUGGGAGUAGUUUACAUACACUCUGCAUAGCUGCACUCCACUGCAAUUUGGUUAUAUUAAAAAA